AUGGCUGCUAAAAUUAUUUUGGGCUUGCUGCUGCUUUUUGUGGUUUCGGAGAAGGUCUUGGCCUGCCAACAAUCACUGUGUCCUGUCGUCAAUAAUUGGAACUGCCUGUGCGAAGGCAGGGCCGCCCAUGUCUGCGUCUGCGACUUUACGUGCUCGGAGUGGGAUAAGCCCUGCAACUGGGUCGUCUCUUGUCGGGCUGAAGUCGACAAUAUUAACGCAUGGCGCGGUCGAAAGAAUAAGCUUGAUCUUUUGUGGCUUCCCACCCUCUGUCAUGAACAGUGCUUGAAGGUAAACGAAGACACGCAUAAGCGUAUAAACUGCUGCAACCUGUUUUGUCAACAAAACGUCACAGAUGUGUGUUUCUAA